AUGUCCACGAUCAACUAUCGCACAAUCGACGUUGAUUCACUCGACCCUGAAGCCUCCGUGAAUUUCCCUCUAGAGACACUGCUGCCUUCCAACCUUCCUCCCUCCACGUCCUCCAGCAAUGCCGCAAACACCGCCUCACAAACCCGUCAGCUGCUCCGGUCUGGCGACUCCGAGGGCGCGCUGCGCCACGCCCUCGACACAGCUCCUCUAGGAGGCGACGAUCGCGCAAAGGAAGUACAUCUAGCAACAGUGGUGGAGGUUUUGCAAGGCAUCCGCCAGGCGGAGAUGGCGAGGGUGUUGGAGGCUGUGUGUAGUGGGGAGGGAGGGGCGGAGAGAGGCGAUUGCCUAAUGAAAUAUUUGUAUAAAGGCAUGGCGGCACAGUCUUCGAGCGGCGGAAGCUCUUCACCAUCCUUGAGAUCGUCUUUGUCGCCGCAGAGCACGGGAUUCUCGCAAAUACAAACUCGGAACUUUGGUGAAGGUGGUGGUGGACAGCAGAUGGCUGUGCUGUUGAAUUGGCACGAAAGACUCGUCGAGGCCGUCGGAGUUGGCUCGAUUGUUCGUGUGAUGUCCGACCGGCGGACGGUUUGA